CCUCCAACGGUGGAGCCGGAAUAAACCCCGGCCACUUUGGCAUCCGCCCGUAAUUUGAUACUUCUCCCCUAUAUACCCACGCCGCCUUCCACCUCCCCCUUUUACUUCUUCCUCCUCGCCCUCUUCUUCACUAGCCAGCUACCUCAGGUGGGCAGGCAGCGGCAGCCGAGAUGAUGGCAGAGGCGUGGACGCAGGUGCCGCCGCUGCUGGCGCCCUGCUUCUCAGGGCAGCCGUGCUGGUACUGGCAGGACCGGCGUAUGGGCGGCGGCAGCGGAGGAGGAGACGUGUGGACGACGGAGGAGAACAAGGUGUUCGAGAGGGCGCUGGCGCAGAUCGACCGGAACGCGCCGGACAGGUGGGAGAGGGUGGCGGCGAUGCUGCCCAGGAAGACGGUCGCCGACGUGGUGAACCACUACAACGACCUCGAGAACGACGUCGGCUUCAUCGAGGCCGGGCUCGUGCCGUUCCCGCACUACAGUAGCUCACUCCCCUCGUCCGGCUUCACCCUUGAUUGGGACGGCGGCGACGGCGGGUUCAGGCGCGAUUGCUGCCUCAAGCGUGUGCGCGGCCCCGACCAGGGGCGGAAGAAAGGCGUCCCCUGGACGGAGGACGAGCACAAGUUGUUCUUGAUGGGGCUGAAGAAGUACGGGAGGGGGGACUGGAGGAACAUCUCGCGCAACUUCGUGACGACCCGGACGCCGACGCAGGUGGCCAGCCACGCGCAGAAGUACUUCAACCGGCUCACCUCCGGGGGUAAGGACAAGCGCCGCUCCAGCAUCCACGACAUCACCACCGUCAACCUCCCCGACGACGACCGCGGCAACGCCUCGCCCUCACCGCCGUCCGCGCUCACCACCGCCUCCAACCUCUCCAUGUCUGACCAGUUCGGCGCCUUCGUCGACGCGAAACCCUUCAUGCCGCCACUCCCGGGUGCGCUCGGCGUGGCGCACCCCUACGGCAACGUGAAGCUCGAGCCCAAGAGCUCGCUGGUCGCCGACCUUGGCUUCGACGACUCCGUCCUCCUGCAGAUGCAAUGCGGCCAGUUGUGACGGGCGGUUCUUGGCUUGGCGAGAACCGCACGGAGGAAAGAGCAGCUCCCAUCGCAAUAUCUCAUCCCUGGGCAGGACCAUGGACGGGCCAAGUCCCAGGUCCUCGUGCUUCGCUUGGUUGCAGACCUGCAGUAGCUGAGUUGCUUCUUGUGUAUCAAUCAGAUGGCCCGGCCCGGGUAAAGAUCUGAGAGCGACGGGCGACGCAGUCUUCAGCUGACAGCAGCUGCUAUCUCCCUUCAGCUCUAUGUGACCGUGUUCACGGAGAACCAAGAAGCCAUGGGCGUGCCAUUCCACAGUGUCCACUUCAGUGUACAUAAUUCAACCACAAGUAUAGGACCCAAGAGCUUCCACGGUACUGAAAUAAGCAUUCGAUGAAGACUUUGGGUUCAUUUCAAGUGUCACCGGCGGCUUGGAUCAUGAUUCAGGACUCAGGAGCACCGCAUCUGAACUUCUGAAGAUUGCUAUACCGGUUUGUCAAUGUACUGUUGUUCUGUACUAGUACUCAUAUUUGAUGGAGUAGCACUUGGAGCAUGCGUGUGAUGCUUGUAAGGUUCCACAAGAUUUUGUCUGCCAAUCUGCCAUUGUCGCACUGCCCUUCGAAGGUUAGGUUUGCUCAGCUCUAGCUGAUUUGAAUUGAAAGCUUCCAUGUGUUUGCUUGCC